AGUUUGGAGGUUACACGGAACGGAUCUCUCCUCAUCGUGGACGACCGUAUCACUGGCAUUUUCUCACAGGAUGAAAAGCCCCCAGCUCUCGCGAAUGAUGUUGAAGUCAUCGACGCUACCGGCAAGAUCAUCACCCCAGGCUUUGUCGACACGCAUCGCCAGAACUGGCAAACCAUGUUUCGACAUCUGCCUGUUCCCAACGUCAUGGCGGACUAUUUCAUCAACACAAUGAACACGCAGGUGCUACAGACCAUACAGCCGGAGGACAUCUACAACACUCAGCUUGUGAGUAUAUACGAAGGACUGGAAACUGGGGUGACGACGCAAUUGGAUCAUGCUCACCAUCCUCCGGGUCUGGCUCGUGCCGAAGCCGCGCUGAGGGCUUCCAUGGACAGCGGCGCUAGGAUCUUCCACGCGUUUACCGUGGGGACCAACGGCUUUGAUACGCCGAUAGCCGACCAGGUAGCGGAGUUCAAGAAGCUCUCUGAAAUUUACGGAGAUGCCCUCAAUAAGUCUAUCGUUAGCUUGGGCGUCUCCUGUGAUGCGUUCAGCCGCAAGACCGAGGAAGAGCUUGAGCCCGUUCUAGCGUUGAUACGGUAA